UGCGUCAGUUUGUUGUGUCCGAGCCGUCGUCGAGGCAACAUCUUUGCCAGUCGUCCGCGAGUGAAUCGACAUAACGAUAUCGCGUUUCGUGUUCAGUGCAGUGCCAGUGACACGGAAAUGUUACGCUUGUGAUCUCAUAAAAAUAAUAUAAUGGCAUUAAAAAAGGAUUUCGACAUAACAGUGAAUGUUUUCAAACAGAUUAAGUUGCCCAAACCCGCGAAGAUACAGCAGGCUUUCGAGAAGUUUUUCAAGAAGAAUAACUACACUAAAAUAGUGCAAAGUUAAUUAGUUAAACGUAGUUUUAUAGGUUAAAUGGCUGGUGAAGUUAUUGAAAAUAUAAGUAGAAGUAGCAGAAAAAAAUCCAAUUUCACUGUAACAGAACCGCCCGAUCGCAAAUCGCCUAACUUUAUAACGGAACACGUUGAAUUUGUUGGUAAAGGUAUUAUUAAAACGCCCACUAAUAAAAAUAGAAGAAGCAGAAGUAGAAGUGGUAGUAGGAUCACCCCAACUGUUCUCAGCUUAUCUGAUGAUUAUUUUUACGAGGAUUUAGAAGAUUACGUUAAAGAAAUGUCUGCGUCUACAACAAUGGAUGCCAGUGGUGAACAGGACGUGUGGAGUCAGCUCCAACAGAAGGAGUCUGACCUACUGCUGGCGGCAGAGCUGGGAAAGGCACUGCUAGAGAAGAAUGAGGAGUUGAAGAAAGAACAGGAACGCAUAGCUGAGGAAUACUCCAAGAAGUUAGAGGCGUUGGAGCAAGAGAAACACCUCCUUCGACGCCGACUGGACACCGAGCAGGGGGAAUACGAAGCCAGGCUGUUGGAAUUACAGAAUGACAUUAAGGAGCUCACUGCUAAGAUCGGCACCAGGGACACUUCAGUUAAACAGCGUGAUGAAGAAAAAGCCAGCUUAAUAGCUGAACUCACGGCACAGAACUCCCGCCUCACCGUACAGUUGAAAGAAUCGUCAGCUACCGAGGCGCAACUCUUGGCGCAGUUGGAAGCAUUAAAAGACCAAUGCACAAUUAGAAAAACUAGCUUACAGGAUCAUGUUCAGAGUCUUGAAUCGCUCAAGUCAGAGUUGGCCCUGAUGAGCGAUACGAGAGCUGAACUCGAGAGACGUUUGACAUCUUCCCUCCGCGACAAGGAUGGCCUUCACCAGCAACUUGAAGAAGCGAAUGACAGAAUUGCAGCGCUGGAAAGACAGUUGAAAGAACAGGAACAUCUGUACCAAAACACUCUCAAAGAACUGGAACGUCUUCAAAGGUCGCACGACACUCUCGCUGAACGCGUGGGUGUCGAUGCUGUAGACACUACGGAUACAGCUAGGUCACUGCACGCGGAAAUGGAGGUGGAGCCAGAAGAAGACGACAACUGGCUACGCAGCGAAGCAGUUCAAGUCUUCAAACAGCUGAGAUCGUUAGCCUUGCAGUUGAAUACAGGACAUGAUGACGAUUCAGGUCUGCAUUCAGAUCUGUCACUGUCGUCUCUGGACGGUGAUGAGAGAGAAACAUUACGACGUGGUGCGCUCGCUGCAGCCUGCGCAGACGCAGUUGCCGCUUACGCAACACUGGAAGGGUCACGCGUGAGGGACUCAAUCGCCGCGCACGCACGUCGUUCUCUAGAAAGGGAGAGGCAGAUUGACGAGAAGAACGAAAUAAUAGCUGAUCUAUCAUCUAAGUUAUCAGUGGCAGAGGUUGAACUUCGUGCGGCCGCUGAAGAGAGGGAUAAACUUCUUAACGAUGCCAACUACAACAGCCUGCAGAACGACGAAGCCGUUACGAAGGCCAGGCAAGAGAGGGACGAAGCUAUUGAAAGAAAGAAGGCCGUGGAGGUGGCACUGGCAAAGACCAGAGUUGAGCUGAUGCAGGCCAACAGCCAACUGUACGAGGCUGUCCGGCAGAAGAUCGAUCUAGGACAGCAACUGGAACAGUGGCAGAUGGACAUGCAGGAACUGAUCGAUGAGCAAAUGAAGAACAAGCUGACGACCCAGGAGAAGCGCAGGAAGCUCCCUGCGCCGGCCGCUCCGACGAGGACCUCCAGGAUCCUAGGAUUUUUUCAACGGUGAUCUGCUGUACCCGACUCUUGGUGCAACUCUCUCAAGCCAUAAAUAAAAACACCGCCACCAUUUUAUAUCUAUUUAUUAUAAAACAUCACGACGUAAACAUUAUACCCGCUGCGUUGAGCGUUUUUACACCAUUGUACAAAAAUAAUUUAUCAUCUGUAGUCCUCGUGGCCGCCAUCUUGUUUCGAACGGAUGCGAUCGGUAUUGCCGCGUUUUUAGGAUAUAGCCUAAUUUUAUUUUUAAAACCGUGUGAUGUUUACACAUUUGCAGUGAUAGUUAGUGUCUUAAUUAGAUUGUUGAUAGUUACUUUACGUGUAAUUUUUAAUGUUUUACUGAGUUUUAUAUAGAUAAUGAGAUUCGUAGGUUACUGCACUCUAGUGGCUGAUUAGUAUUUGUCUUCGAUUUGGGCAUUCCGUACAAAAAUAAAUUAAAAUUAAGAAACAUAGCAUUCCUUUUUUAAAUCAAUUUAUAUAUAUGGGCGGAUAUGGUACAACAGAUGUUAAACCGGGGAAAUCCAGGAGUUCACACACAAACUAGUUUUAAUAUUUCGAAAUAAAUACCGAUAAACGAAUUAUGUAAAUAAUCACACGAAACGAAACGCCAUUAAUAGUACUAAUCUAUUUUUUUUUGCCAAUCCCCCAUUUUCUUAACUUACAUCAGCCAUCUUGUUAAUUUUAAGUGCCUUUGAGUAUGAAACUCUACUCCAAAAAAAUAAUGUAAUUAAAAAAAAAUCGAAAAAUAACUGAACUUAAUAAGGUAAUCGUAUUUAUAUAUCAAGUGACAGGAUAAAAUAACAUUUAUAUAUAGCAAAAUAAAAGAAAUAUUAAGGUCCAAUUUAAGUACAUAUCUGUAAAAAUAUAUUAAAAAGCAAAAUUAAAGACGUUAACUAAUUCGAUAUUGAAAUAUUAUCUAUUUUAUUAUAAUAGACAUCACUAUUUUAUAUUCGAACGUAUUCUAUGUUUAGAAAUUAUUAAAAUAAUAUAUUAUAAAUUUAAACAAAAAUGAGUAGAGUACAAGUGCCUCUCUUUUAAUUACCGACAUUACUUAAAACAUAAAUUGGAAAUUAGUCUUUUUUUUUAAUAACUCACUUAAUCUGUCCCUGAGAAAAAUGACAUUUGUCAAAUAAAUACACAGAUAAUCAAGACGGAGAGAGAUAUUACUAAAACAAUCCUUUUUAAUGUCAUCUGAAAUAUAUGUGUAUCACUAUUCUGUCCGCACUGCUUAAAGGCAUAAAUUAUGAAUUCUUUAUCAUAAUUCUUAUAUUAUAUACUAUAACAUAUAAUAAGUGCACAAUAAACAGCUAAAGCUAUUUGAGAAAAGAAAAGAAUGUUUUAAAUUUAAUUAAUAAUAAGGAAGUAUUAGUUAUUACAAAUAUUUCAUGCACUUUUUAUUCUUUCCCUUUCUCUUGUAGCUUUGUCUCGACUUCAAAUAGGAUUAUUUAAAACGAAUUAAAUCUAUCUAUAAGCAAUUAUAUAUUUAUUAUAUUUGAGAAACGAGAUUGUGACGAAAUUCCCGUAAAUAUAUCGUGACAAUAGAAUUAAAAGAAAACAGUCAUUCAUCCCUCUGUCAAGCUGAUAAAAAAGCAAGAUUUAAAAAUCGAAUAUUUGAAAAAUAAAAGAUUUUUGGCGGCUAAGCAGUCUUACACGUUAACAUUUUGUAAAUAACACUUAUUUUAGUCGUAGAUCACUGGAAGUGAAAUUAUUAGUGCACUUUGAAAAAUAAACGCGGAAGUAGAGGUAAUAAUUGUUCACUGAAUACAUUAGUAGCCAUAUUAUUAACAAUAAUUAAUAUACAAUAAUAUAUACAAUAACGAUCUGCUGCAAUCUUAGAUUUAAAAUAUUAAUCAAUAUCAUUAAAUUAAUAUCUAAUAUAUUAAUUCCUUUUUCACAAUAUAUUUCUAAUUAUUAUCCGAGUGCCUUAAAUGGAUUUAAAAUAUUGUUCAUCGUACUGUUUACCAUUCUAUGAAUAACUUUAUAUAUAUGCUAAAUUUCCGUCAAGGCUCUUGUAAUGUUUAAUACCAAAAUGCCUUUGUAAGUGCCUUAAAUAUAAUAGAAAUCAAUCGUUUAUAAAAAAAAAUUGUUUGCCACGAAUUAUUUCCAAAUUGUGCAAUAUUAUAGAAAAAAUCUAUAUAAGUAUGUUAAAUAUAUAUGUGAUAUAUUUAUUGCAAUAUACUCUUGAAAUAACUAUAUUGUAUUGUAACUGAUGUUCCAGACCCAAAUCAUAAUGCUACUGCUAUACAUGUUUCGUUAUACAAGCAGAUGUGACUGUAACCUAAAAUUAAUACACUUGACACAUUUCCAUAGCAAACACUGUUAGAGCAAACAUCUUGACACGAACGAGCGCACGGUAAAUACGCAGAGUUCGUUUUAAUAGUUGUCGUAGUUGAGUGAUCGUGUUGCACGAGGAACCAACAGCUCUGUCAUUGGUCGAUUUAAAAGGAAUAACAUUAUUUCGAGCUCGCGAUUGGUAGAUUCAGACGAUCAUUUUUGAACUGACCAAUAUAUUGUCGUACGUGAGUAAACAUGCGUAAACCCCUAUUAAACUGUAAAAUGUUCAAGAUUUUUGCUGGUAAUUUUUUAGUAAAAUGUAACGUAUGGCCACUUGUACCCGUUGAAAUGUUUACAUUUAAAUCAUCCGGCACACUGAUACGCUCAAAGGAACGUCGAUGAACUAAAGUGACCGUCGAAUAUCCUUCAAGGGAGCCACUGUAAAUUGCUUUAAUGAUAUCAAAGUUUGAUUCAUAUUAUAAACGUAUGUAGCAAACACUAUCCGGUGUUACGCGAGUAACACAUCAAUUGGAGACAUCUUAUAUAAGUAUAUCUAUCUAAUCAGAAAUGCCGAUAGAAAUUCUCAAUGAUUUUUCGACCGCACUGUACGUAUACGUGGGAGUCAGUCGAUGUGAAUACCAAGAACUUAACUAAAAUCAGUUAAUAAUUUUCUUUACAAUCCUAACAAUCCUUUAUCAAUCUCCUGCCGUUGGAUAAUAUGAAUAUUAGUCGUUUUUGCUACAUGCUUUUAUAUUAUAUAUGAACCGACUUUAAUAUAAAGCUGGACCGUACACGCGUGUGGUGCACUCACGCACGCAACUCAGGAGCAAACUUUAUAUCGCUCUGUUUUUGCGCUUGCAAAAAUGUAUGUGUGCGAAUAUAAAAGAUUGUUUUGUUGCAAGUGUGCGCACAGACUUAUUAAAAAUAGCAAAUCAUUAAACAGUUCGCUGUAAGAGUUCUAUGAAAGUUAAUUGUUUGCACGCACGCGUCUACAGGCCUGGCGAGUCACACGUACUGCGUCUAUUUUAUCUCAUAAAAUUAUGAAUAUCUUAAUAUAAUAAUAUGUAAUGAAUUUUAUUGUGUGAGAUUUUUUUUAACUGAGACUGAAGUCAAGGAGUUUACAAUGGUAUUAUUUUAUUAUGCAAUUUUUUUUUAUUAUUUACCCUUAUAACACUAUGGGUAAGUAUAUGAAUAUUUUUAAAUGUGAUCUAUCAAGUGUUUAUUUUUUUAAUUUACUGCAUGAAAUCGUAAAAAAAUACACACAUAUCUUAAAUAAUAUUAUAAAAUAAAGAAUUAUACAAAUAGGUAUUUCUAUAAGCACAAAUUCGCGUAUUGAUCUUCAUACAUUCCAUUUGUAUGUUUUUUUUUUUUUAAUUUUUCAACGACAUCGUCUUAUACAACAGCUGUAAAACCUUCUUACUAUUAAAUGGGAACAUUAAACAUACACGAUCCAUAUAACAUAGGCAUCUCGCAUAAGUACUUAAAUAUUGUAACUUAAUUUUAGACCUAAUGAUGACUAGUUUGUAUUUACAUUAUAAAGCAUUAUGUGAAAUUAUUAAUGAAAUAAAUAAAUUGAGAAUUUA